UGGUUGGAGGGAGAGGGGGGUGCCGAGCCAGCCAGGCCGCCUGUUCCCACAGCCGGGAGCUGAGCGCGCUGCCAUGGCGCUGGCCAGGCCUGGGACCCCGGCCUCCAGGCCCCUGGCCCCUCUCCCGCUGCGGUUGCUGCUCUUGGCUCCUGCCCUCACCCUCUUGGGUGGAACGGUGCCUUCGGAGACCCCAAGUGUCUGUGCCUCAGCCCCGUGUGCUCCAGGGACCGAGUGCCAGGCUAUGGAGAAUGGUAGCUACACCUGUGGGCCCAUGAAGCCCCGGGGCUGUGCCACCCAGCCGUGCCACCACGGCGCUCUGUGCUUGCCCCAGGGUCCAGACCCCAAUGGCUUUCGCUGCUACUGCGUGCCUGGGUUCCAGGGCCCACGCUGCGAGCUGGACAUCGAUGAGUGUGCAUCCCGGCCCUGCCGCCACGGGGCCACCUGCCACAACCUGGCUGAUCGCUAUGAGUGCCGCUGUCCCCUUGGUUAUGCAGGGGUGACGUGCGAGGCGGAGGUGGACGAGUGUGCCUCGGCGCCCUGUCUGCACGGGGGUUCGUGCCUGGACGGCGUGGGCUCCUACCGCUGCGUGUGUGCGCCGGGCUACGGGGGCACCAGGUGCCAGCUGGACCUGGACGAGUGCCAGAGCCAGCCGUGCGCGCACGGGGGCCAGUGCCACGACCUGGUCAACGGGUUCCGGUGCGACUGCGCGGACACCGGCUACGAGGGCGCGCGCUGCGAGCAGGAGGUGCUGGAGUGCGCGUCGGCGCCCUGCGCGAACAACGCGUCCUGCCUCGAGGGCCUCGGGAGCUUCCGCUGCCUCUGCUGGCCAGGCUACAGCGGCCAGCAGUGUGAGGUGGAUGAGGAUGAGUGUGAGUCGGGCCCCUGCCAGCAUGGGGGGCAGUGCCUGCAGCGCUCGGACCCAGCGCUCUACGGAGGCGUCCGGGCCACCUUCCCAGGCACCUUCAGCUUCCGCCACGCUGCCGGCUUCCUGUGCCGCUGCCCUCCGGGCUUUGAGGGGGACGAAUGUGGCGUGGAUGUGGAUGAGUGUGCCUCACGGCCAUGCCUCAACGAAGGCCGCUGCCAGGACCUGCCCAACGGCUUCCGGUGCCACUGUCCAGAUGGCUACACAGGCCUGGCAUGUCAGGAAGAUGUGGAUGAAUGCCUGUCGGAGCCCUGCCUCCAUGGUGGGACGUGUGAUGACACUGUGGCGGGCUACGUCUGCAGGUGCCCGGAGGCCUGGGGUGGGCAUGACUGUUCCGUGCGGCUCACCGGCUGCCAGGGCCACACUUGCCCACCGGCUGCCACCUGCAUCCCCACCUUCAAGGCUGGCACGCACAGUUAUGCCUGCCGCUGCCCACCCGGUACCCACGGCCCUUUCUGUGGCCAGAAUACCACCUUCUCUGUGGUGGCUGGGAGCCCUGUGCAGACAACCGUGCCGGCUGGCGGCCCCCGGGGUCUGGCACUGAGGUUUCGUACCACACUACCUGCUGGUGCCUUGGCCACUCGCGCUGACACCCAGGACAGCUUGGAGCUGGCGCUGGAGGGGGGCACACUUCAGGCCACCCUCUGGAGCCACGGCAACACCACCGGGCUUACCCUGAAGCUGCCGGACCUGGCUUUAAAUGAUGGCCACUGGCACAGAGUGGAGGUUUCGCUGCGCCCGGCCGUCCUGGAGCUGCGGCUCUGGCAUGAGGACUGCCCUGCCCAGCUCUGUGUGGCCUCCGGUCCUGUGGCCUCAGCUCCCGUGGCUUCCGAAGCGCUGACGCCUGCCAGGUUCUGCUCCGCCCAGCUGGGUGGCACAGCCUUUGAAGGCUGCCUCGAGGACGUGCAGGUGGACGGGCACCUCCUGCUGCCCGAGGACCUGGGCGAGACUGUCCUCCUGGGCUGCAAGCGCCGUGAGCAGUGUCAGCCUCCACCCUGUGCCCAUGGAGGGGCCUGCGUGGACAUGUGGGCUCACUUCCACUGCAAAUGCCCCCGGCCCUACAGUGGUCCUACCUGCGCUGAUGAGGUUCCUGCUGCCACCUUUGGCUUGGGGGGCACCCUGAGCUCUGCCUCCUUCUUGCUCCACCAGCUGCCAGGCCCCAACCUCACCGUGUCCUUUCUCCUUCGUACUCGGGAACCUGCUGGCCUGCUGCUCCAACUUGCCAACGACUCAGUAGCUGGCCUAACAGUAUUCCUGAGCGAGGGCCAGAUCCAGGCUGAGGUGCUGGGCAGUCCUACUCUGGUGCUUCCUGGGCGCUGGGAUGAUGGGCUCCGCCACCUGGUGACGCUCAGCUUCGGGCCUGACCAGCUGCAGGGCUUGGGGCAGCAGGUGCACGUGGGUGGGAGGCUCCUCCCUGCUGAUGCCGAGCCCUGGGGUGGGCCCUUCCGAGGCUGCCUCCAGGACCUGAGACUCAAUGACCUCCACCUCCCGUUCUUUCUGCUGCUGCUGGGGAACUCAAGCCAGCCCAGCGAGCUGGGCAGCAGGCAGUCCUGGAACCUCACCAUGGGCUGCGUCUCCGAGGACACGUGCAGUCCUGACCCCUGUCUCAAUGGUGGAAUUUGUCUCGUCACCUGGAAUGACUUCCACUGCACCUGCCCUGUCAACUUCACGGGGCCAACGUGUGCUCAGCAGCUGUGGUGUCCUGGCCAGCCCUGCCUCCCACCUGCCGCCUGUGAGGAGGUCCCUGGUGGCUUUGUCUGUGUGGCCGAAGCCACGUUCCGCGAGGGCCCCGCGGCCGCCUUCAGCGGGCACAACGCAUCAUCGGGGCUGUCGCUCAGCGGCCUGUCGCUGGCCUUCCGCACGCGCGACUCCGAGGCCGGGCUGCUGCGCGCCACCGCGGGCGCCCACGCGGCCGUCUGGCUGGCGGUGCGCAACGGCUCGCUGGUGGCCGGCGUUCGCAGCGGCCCUGGCCUGCCCGGGGCAGUGCUGCCGGCUUCCGGGCCCCGCGUGGCCGACGGCGCCUGGCACCGCGUGCGCCUGGCCAUGGAGCGCCCGGUGGCCGCCGCGUCGCGCUGGCUGCUCUGGUUGGACGGGGCGUCGGCGCCCGUGGCGCUGCGCGGCCUGGCCGGCGACCUGGGCUUCCUGCGCGGCCCCGGCGCCGCCCGCGUGCUGCUGGCCGAGAACUUCACCGGCUGCCUGGGUCGCGUGGCCGUCGGCGGCCUCCCGCUGCCCCUGGCGCGCCCACGACCCGGCGCGGCCCCCGGCUCCCGAGAGCACUUCUCGGCCUGGCCCGGGGCGCCCGCCCCACGCCUCGGCUGCCACGGCGCGCGCGUGUGUGUCCCGUCGCCCUGCCUGCACGGCGGCGCCUGCCGCGACCUCUUCGACGCCUUCGCCUGCGCCUGUGGCCCGGGCUGGGAGGGCCCGCGCUGCGAGGCCCGCGCCGACCCGUGUCGCUCGGCACCCUGUGCUCGCGGUCGCUGCCACUCACGCCCCGACGGCCGCUUCGAGUGCCGCUGCCCGCCUGGCUUCGUCGGCCCGCGCUGCAGGUUGCCUGUCCUGCCGGAGGAAUGCAGCCUGAACUUCACCUGCCUCAACGGUGGCCCCUGUGAGGGUGGGCCCCAGGGGGCCAACUGCAGCUGCCAGGGGGGCUUUGCUGGCCAGAGGUGUCCGAUCCCCUGUGAGGCCAACCCCUGCUUGAAUGGCGGCACCUGCCGGGCGGCUGGUGGGCUGUAUGAAUGUAUCUGCAGUGCCAGGUUCUCAGGCCAGUUCUGUGAAGUGGUGAAGGGCCUGCCGCUGUCCCUGCCAUUCCCGCUGCUGGAGGCGGCCGUGCCCGCGGCCUGCGCCUGUCUCCUCCUCCUCCUCCUGGGCCUCCUGUCAGGGGUCCUGGCGGCCAGGAAGCGCCGCCAGUCCGAGGGCACCUACAGCCCCAGCCAGCAGGAGGUGGCCGGAGCCCGGCUGGAGAUGGACAGUGUCCUCAAGGUGCCGCCAGAGGAGAGACUCAUCUAG